AUGAUUGUGCGUUACAACACUGAAGAGGCUUUAGAGGUGAUUUUCUCACAUGUCCAGCAAGAAGAGGAAGUAGAGGAUGUAUCCGAUGAUGGAGAGGAAUACAACCCAGAGCAUGAUGAAUCAUCUUCAGAAAAAGAAGAAAAGCCUGAAGCUGAAAGUGAGACUUUCCUUUCAAAAAAUGACAAACUAACAUGGUCCUCAGCAGCAUAUAACCAACACGGCAGUCAUGCAGAACAAAACAUUAUAAAGAUGACCCCAGGACCCACAAGGUAUGCCGUUUCUCCUGCCCAUGAUAUUGUUUCUACAUUCUACCUGGUAAUCACACCAGCAAUAGAAAAAAGAAUCCUGGAGAUGACAAAUGUGGAGGGUUUUCGCAAAUAUGGAGACAGCUGGAAAAAGACGGAUGAGAUUGACCUCCAGGCCUAUUUAGGGCUGCUAAUCCUAGCAGGUGUAUACAGGUCCCGAGGUGAGGCUGCAGCUAGUCUAUGGGAUGCAGAGAGUGGAAGGCCAAUUUUCCAAGCCACAAUGCCACUCAAACUCUUUCACACCUACUCAAGACUGAUACGAUUUGAUGACCGUGAAUCAAGACCAGCAAGACGUGUGACAGACAAACUUGCAGCCAUAAGAGAGGUAUGGGACAAGUGGGUGGAGCGGUUGCCCUACCUCUACAAUCCAGGGCCCAACGUAACAGUGGAUGAGCAACUGGUUCCAUUUAGAGGUCGUUGUCCUUUCUGGCAGUAUAUGCCCAGCAAGCCAGCAAAAUAUGGGAUCAAGUCAUGGGUGGCUUGCGAUGCCAAAUCAAGCUAUGCUUGGAAAAUGCAAGUCUAUACUGGGAAGUCAACCAGUGGAUGCCCAGAGAAGAACCAGGGGAUGUGAGUUGUGAUUGAUGUGACAGAGGUACUGAGGGGUUACAAUGUGAUAUGUGACAAUUUCUUCACCUCUUAUGAACUCGGACAGCAGCUCCUGAAGAGGAAGAUCACCACGGUUUGUACAGUUCGAAAGAACAAGCCUGAGCUCCCACCUGCACUGCUUGCGUCAAAGAAGAGAGAGGUCUUCUCCUCAAAGUUUGCCUUCACGCCCACCACCACUCUAGUUUCCUACCUCCCAAAGAAAAACAAGAACAUAGUUCUUCUGAGCACACUGCACAAAGACGGCGACAUUAGUGAUCGUGAGGACAGGAAGCCAAUCAUCAUCCUGGAAUACAACCGCAACAAAGGAGGUGUGGACAACCUAGAUAAGGUGAUUGGAACAUAUAGCUGCAGAAGAAUGACUGCACGCUGGCCCCUGGUCAUCUUCCACAACAUCAUUGAUGUGUCCUCCUACAAUGCCUUUGUGAUUUGGAGAGAGAUCAACCCAACCUGGAUGUCUUGUAAGCACAACAAGAGGAGGGUGUUCCUGGAGCAGCUGGGAAAGGCACUUGUAGCUCCACUCAUUGAAAGAAAGAAGCAUGUCCCCCGCACAGAAGCCUCAGCAGCAGUUGUGAAAGCUAUUCAUAGUGCAGCAACUCCUGAUCAACCUGAGGAUCCAUCUACCACAGCCACUUCCCCAGCUAGGAUCAUCAUCAUCCCUACCUCGUUUAUGCCUAGACACGUCUGCCAGCCUGCUAGUCCUGCGACUUUUUUUGCUCUCGACUUCCCCAAGCACCUCACGUCACGCUCCUUCCUGCGGCUUCCCUGCUUGCACCAGCCUUCAUCCUGCGUCGCCUUCCUCGCUGACUUCCUCCGUCUCCGCCUGCCUGUCAACCCCAGCGUUCCAACAACUCUCACUCUGCUGUGCUGCCGGCUGAACCUCAACCCCAGCGCUCCAACAACUCCCGCUGCUGUGGGAGUUGCUGUGGCGGUCAGCCGCCAGAACUUUCCUGGUUUCUCCCCAAGCUGGUGCUACCGUCACCGCCGGUGGUACCACCUAGCUAUCAGUCAUCGGCCGAGCAGCCACCUGGCCUCCAGUCGUCGCUCGAGCUCUCCAGACGCCGCUCGAGUCCGCCUGAUGUCGCUCUCAAGCUGCCGCCGUCCGUCGCUCUCAGGCAGCUGCCAUCCGGCGCUCUCAAGCAGCAACCGCCGCUUUCAAGCCGCCACGGCUUUCAAACCGCCGCCGCUUUUAAGCCGCCGCUGUUGCUCUCAAGUCGAUGACCUUAAGCCAACGCCGUCCAUCACACUCAAGCCAUCGCUUUCCAGUGCACUCAAGCUGACGCUGUCCAGCGCACCCAAGCCUCCUCACUGA